ACAAAACCUCACCGUUGAUCUAUCGUCAUCUAAUUGCUUUCCUUUUCCGAUGUACUCCCAAGAAAAACAAAAAGGAUCGAAUGCGUCAUUUUCCCGGGAAACAAACAGGUUCUGGAAAAUGAGUGAAGCUCGAUUCUGACGAUUCGCCGAACCACACCUGCUGCAUUCCAAAAACCCCCACCGAAAACGCAAAGCAGCUAGUGCACGACUGCUCUUCCACUCCCCCCGAGAUAUGGCGCUCCGGGCUUGUCCUCACGGCUACCGCCAGCCGUUAAUCUCCGCCGUUGAUUUCACCAAAUCCCCUUCUCGGAGCUUCAGAUUCUCUGUUCGGAGCAGCAUGCCGGACUCCGGUCAAUCAAGGAAGCUUGUCUUAGAAGUCAAGGAGAAGCUCGCAAAGGAUCAUGGGAGUCUCCCCGCCGGAAAAUAUGGAAGAGACGAUGAAGAGAUGAUUCUCUGGUUUCUAAAGGAUAGGAAGUUCUCCGUCGAUGAAGCUGUUGGGAAACUGACCAAAGCCAUUAAAUGGAGGCAAGAAUUUAGGGUGUCUGAUUUGACUGAGGAGUCGGUGGAGAGUGUAGCAAAAACGGGGAAAUCGUAUGUGCAUGACUCUUUUGAUGUCCAUGGCAGGCCAGUGCUUCUAGUUGUGGCUUCUAAUCACUUCCCUGGUGUCCAUGCUCCUGAAGACGACCAGAAGUUGUGUGCUUUCCUGAUCGAGAAGGCUUUGAGGAUGCUACCACCUGGCAAAGAUGAUAUAUUGGGAGUUAUAGAUCUCAGGAACUUCAGUACUGCGAAUGCAGACGUGAAGUUCCUGACUUUUCUGCCUAGUUUUUUCUUGCAGUUUGAUGUGUUCUACUACUACUAUCCAAGGCGGCUUGGUGAAGUCCUCUUCGUUGAAGCUCCCUUUGUUUUCAAGCCGUUUUGGCAGCUGGCAAAGCCGUUGCUAAAAUCUUAUGCUUCACUGGCGAGAUUCUGCUCGGUGGAGACUGUGAGGAAGGAAUACUUCACAGAAGAAACUGUGCCGGGCAUCUUCAAUGAUUAGGGGAGGGGCAUUCAUUAAUCUUUACCGUCUGCAACUAAUCUCCCAAGUUAUCGUUACUUGUGCAGGGUGAGGCUUCAGUUCAACCAGUAAGAGAUAUUCGGGUUUGGCAGUUCCCAUUUUGAAGAGUAGGAAAAGAGCAAUAUACAGUUCUCGUGCGAUUUAGAUUUUGUUCUUUGCUUCUGGGGGAAAUAACUAUACAGAAAAACCGUGAAUGGCAAUAGAGAUCGGUGUGUUUGUUUCGGCUGCAAGAUAAGUUGACAUAGAAGAUCUUGGAUCUCUUAUUCUUCAUACCUCAACUUUGUACUAUGUAAUUCACAAAUGAGAAUAUGAUCCUGGUACAUAAUUUACAAUGAAGAAUAACUGUGCAUGUGUAAGUGCAUGUCUGUGACGGUCCAUAUGUGUGCUAUCUAUAUCAAGGCAACGAUCCCAAUGGUAAGGCGUCCAUCGAGGGGUGCUGUCGAUAUCUUCUGUUGUUUCUCUCGAGCCGGUGUAGGAAGAUGACGAAUGGUUUGGCUUGCCACAAGAAAGUAAGAACGAUUGGCA